AUGAAGCCAAAGCGAUUCCUUAUCGUCGCCCACUUGGCCACACUACUCGUGGAAGGAAUGGUGAAAUGCAAAGGGGCCAACGCCCCGUUUAGCAGAGCGAACAUUCAGAGGUGCUGCUCGGGAGGGCAACUAUUUCUUAGCAACCCACACAUAACCAAACAGAUGAGAAGAAGAAAAAAAAACAUACAAGUCCAAAGGCAAACAAAUGGCCUAAAAAUUUCAAACAAAGCGGACAUGAGCAGGCUAAGCAAAAAGGACAAAAUGUCAUUCACAAAGACCAAACAAAUAGCUACGGUUGGGCCUGCAACGGAAAAAUUUGAGGAACUGGAAAAGCUCUACCUUAGCGGAAUUGACGUUUUCAGGUUAAAUUUCUCCCAUGGUUUGAAAAGCAUUAAAAAAUACAUCAUAAAUUCCCUCCGAAUUAUAGAAAAAAAAUAUGAUACUUCAAUUGGUAUUUUAGGAGAUAUCCAAGGGCCAAAAAUACGAAUAGGUGAAUUUGAAAAAAGUGAAAAAAAUGCUAUGGAGAAAAAUACCUUCGUCGAAUUGAAAGAAGGAGAUCUUUUUUCCUUCGACUUGGUAGACAAACCUGGCAAUCAAAAGAGGGUGCAACUCAACUAUCCGGAGUUGUUAAAAAAUGUAAGGUCUGGACAAAUGAUAUUACUAGAUGAUGGGAACCUAAAAAUGAAGGUCAUAGAAAAUCAGUUCGACGAAUCGGAAAUGCAAAAUAGCUCCCUAAAAGUAGAGGUAAUUACAGGGGGAAAACUUUACGGCAAGAAGGGCUUCUGUAUUCCUAAUAUGAUAAUGCCAAUUGAAGUGUUAAAUGAAAAAGAUAUUAAAGACAUAUUGUUUUGUAUUAACGAAGGGGUAGACUUUUUAGGUUAUUCCUUUGUUCAAACAAAGUAUGAUUUAAUUUUUUUAAAAAGUAUUAUCAAGGAUUACUAUGAUAGCGAUUUUUUUCAAAACAAGAUAAGAAAAGAUAGACUUAUUUACGACGAGAAUAUGCUUCCAAUGAAGGAAUACGAUGAUGACAACGAUUUCUACAUAAAAGAGGUGGAUGACUACUACCAACAUUAUUACUUGAAAAACUGUCAAAAGUAUAAACAGAUUUACGAUGUGUACAAAAAUCAGGACUUGCAGGUAGAUGCUAACAAUGCGGAAAAUCAGCUUGAAAACGUUGGUGGAUACCAAAAUAUUGGGUACGAUGGUGACACGGAGAUUACUCAGAUGAAUGCUGACACCGCUCCUUCCACAUCCAGUGACCAUGUGAACAGCAUAUUUAUUGUCUCCAAAAUUGAAAAACCCUCGGCUGUGAAAAACAUAGAAAGCAUUAUUAACCUCUCCGACGCAAUCAUGAUUGCCAGAGGCGACCUCGGAAUUGAAACCAACUUGUCUAACUUACCAAUUUUACAGAAAAAAAUGAUCAAUCUGUGCAGACUCAAAUAUAACAAACCCGUCAUCGUAGCAACGCAGAUGAUGGAAAGUAUGAGAUUCUUGCCCUCCCCCACCCGAGCAGAAGUGGCGGAUGUUGCAACGGCGCUCUACGAUGGAUCUGACUGCGUCAUGCUCUCAGCGGAAACAGCCACCGGGCAAUAUCCCAUCCUCACGACCUCCACACAAAACAGCAUAAUCAAAGACGUAGAAAAUGAUUACUACUAUUACGACUACACGCAAAGGAAAAAUAAUAAUAUCGUCAAGUGUCCACAUGGUAUGAGUCCCACCUACCCCGGUGGAAAUUCCCACUUUGAGAAACUUAUUUACAGCAUAAGGGAUCUAAGCAAUAACAUAAAUUUGAAGUCUAUCAUUUUAUUUUCGAAUGAAUUUCAAAAAAUCCAAAAGCUCAGCAAUCUGCGAACAAAGGCACCCAUCAUUGUCAUCACAGAGAAUGUUGCCUUAGCUAGGAAACUGCAACUCACUUGGGGAGUCUAUCCGUACAUCUCUAAAUUAACCGACUCUCAAAACAAUGACUUGUUCACCCUCAUUAAUUAUGGGUGUAAGGUCUCCAAGGAGGAGGGGUUCGUCAACGCGCCAGACGAAUAUUCCCUGGUCACCUUUACAAAAAAUAUUAACAACUCGUCCAAUUUGCUUUACCUCUGCCAACCCUGUUUGGCUGCAUAA